AACUCACAUUCUAGGGAAGGUCGUUUCUAACUUGCUUUUGCAUAUAUACAUAUUAUCACCAAAGAACCUUUUUCAGCCUCACCACUUCCACCAUGGAAUCUCUUUUACUCAAAUCCAUGCUAGUCCAUAACCACACAUUAGAGCAACAAUUUUCUUCAGUAUCCAUGGAUUUAUCAUGGUUGAUAGAGUUCCUCAAAGGCAUGGUGAAACCAGUUUGCGCCACUGCAGUAGUGUUUCUUGCAGUAGCCUUGUCCUUCUCUCAGAAACUCGGUCUCGAAGUAGAGAUGAUUAUUGCUAUUCUUAGAGCUUUUAUUCAACUCUCAAUAAUUGGUUUUGUUCUGCAAUUCAUCUUCAAUCAAGAAAACUCCGGAUGGAUCCUCCUAGCAUACCUUUUCAUGGUAUCUAUUGCAGGUUAUACAGCGGGUCAGCGCGCGAAACAAGUACCGCGAGGAAAAUACGUAGCCGGAGCUUCAAUUCUAACCGGAACUGCCAUAACCAUGUUCGUUCUAGUAGCACUCAGCGUCUUCCCUUUCACUCCCAGAUACAUAAUCCCCGUCGCCGGGAUGAUGGUUGGAAAUUCCAUGACAGUAACCGGAGUAACCAUGAAAAGACUCCGCGACGACAUCAAAACUCAAAUCAAUUUGGUUGAGACAGCAUUGGCUCUUGGUGCAACCCCAAGACAAGCAACGCAUCAACAAGUGAAAAGGGCAUUGAUUAUAGCACUUUCUCCUGUGGUGGAUAACACAAAAACAGUGGGUUUAAUCUCUCUUCCUGGGGCUAUGACUGGUCUUAUAAUGGGAGGGGCUUCACCUUUGGAAGCAAUUCAGCUACAGAUUGUGGUGAUGAAUAUGAUGAUUGGAGCUGCAACUAUUAGUAGUAUAAUGGCUACAUACUUGUGUUGGCCUGCAUUUUUUACCAAGGCCUAUCAAUUGGAAACCAGAGUCUUUUCAACUUGAUUCAGAAAUUAAUUCAACCCAUCUAGAUUUUCAAGUACCAUCAAACAAAUCUCAAUUUCAGGGAUGUAGCUAAAGUUUCCUUGUAUAUCUUUUAAGUUGUAAAAUUUUGAUGUUAGGUGUAUAACAAUGGGAUGUUGGGUUUUUGCCCACCCAAGAA